CCAGACGGGAAUCGAACUCAGGUUUGUUAGCCUGUGAUGGCGAAGCGCCUAACCGUCACGCCGCAAACGCCAGACACAUCAUCCCUGCUCCAGAGACCUUGUGGCGUACAAGUGACAUCUUAUACGCGGUGCCCAUUACCAAGAUCGGUUCGGUUCGGUUCGGUUCGGCUCAGUUCGAUUCGGUCGUCACGGUCAUGCAUGUAGCUAGAUUUUCCCCCAUGGAGGGAGAAACGCUAUCAUAGUGGCACAAACUGAACGAAACUGACGGUAACUUUCAAAAACAAACGCGUUUGUUUUCAAGGCCGCGAGUCGGGCGAUCAGUUUGAGAGAGAGGUCUAUUUAUAGUGUGUUCUGCAGCCGCCAGAAACUGAUCCGAACCAAACCGAAUCGAUCCUCCAAUGAGCAUUGCCUAUUUCUCGUAUGGAAAGGGGGGAGGGAAAGAGUUGCGUCUUUGUGGAUGGAAGUGUGGAUUAUCAUUGACAAGAAAUGUCUCUCCUUGUUCACAGGUCAGACAGAGAAGACGUGGCGACUUCGCCUCAAGGACGACGACCGUUAUGAGCAACUGGAGACCUUCACCUUGAAGCUCAGUGACCCAGUUACUGCGGUGUUAGAGUACCCGGAUAUUGCAGAAGUCACCAUCGAGGACAUAGAAGACGAGUCUAAAGUAUUCUUCUCGAACAAGGAGUACCGCGUGUCUGAAGACAUCGGCGAGAUCCUGAUCCCUGUCACCAGGACUGGGGAUGCCCAUGACGAGACAAUGGUCAUCUGCUCGACAGUACAAGACACUGCCAGGGGAACCGUUCCCAGCACGGUGACGUCAUUCUCCGACUACAUCUCCCGGCCCAAUGACCACCGCAGCGUCCUGCGCUUCGACAAGGGAGAGCGGGAAAAGUUCUGCCGGGUCACCAUCAUCGACGACUCUCUGUUCGAGGAGGAAGAAAAGUUCACGGUGAUUCUGUCGGCGCCCAUGGGCGGGAAACUCGGGGAGUUGGAGACAACGGAUGUCAUCAUUGAGCCGGACAAGAAUGAUGAACCGGCCUUCUACCUUGGUAACUCCGAGUACGUGGUGGACGAGAGCGAUGGUUUCCUGGAGGUCAAGGUCUGGCGCACCGGAACUGACCUCAGCAGGCCCUCUAGUGUCAUGGUCAGGUCCAGAAAGAGUGACCCUAAGUCUGCUGAAGCGGGACUGGACUACGUUGCCGUCAACAGGAUCUUGGAUUUCGCUCCCGGGGUGACCAUGCAGACUGUCCGACUGGUCAUCUUGGACGACCUGGGGAGGCCGCGGCUGGAAGGAGAGGAGACCUUCUCGGUGGUGCUGAAGAUGCCUUCAGACGCCAUGUUGGGGGAGCCUCGAAGGGCGAUGGUUACGAUCAAUGACUCUGUCUCAGACUUGCCCAGCAUGCAGUUCAAAGAGGAGGCCUACAAGGUGUCGGAAGCAGAUGGCGAGGUCAGCGCGGUCAUUCUGAGAUCCGGUGACGUCAGCCAUACGUCAUCAGUCCGCUGCUACACGCGUCAGGCAACGGCUCUGGUCGCCUUGGAUUACGAGGAGAGACCGGAUACCGAUGCCUCGUUGGUCGUGUUUCAGCCAGGUGACUACGCCAAGGAGUGCAAGGUGAAGAUCAUUGACGACAACAAGUUCGAAGACGCCGAGCAGUUCCGCCUGGUUCUGGGCACAGCGAGCAGUGAGGAGCUUGGAGCUGCAAACAUUGGGGAAGCGGACAGCACUCUGAUCACCAUUGAGGACGAGGGAGAUCAGCCAGUUAUCAAGCUAUCCGCGAGCAGCUACUCCGUGAAGGAGCCCUUGUUCCAGGAGCAGUUCACGAGCGUCACCAUUCCAGUGCUGAGAGAGGGGGAUCUAUCGGAAACGGCCAUCGUUACACUUAACACGAAGGACGGCUCAGCUAACGCCGGCAAGGACUAUAAUGGCUUCUUUAAAGAGCUGACUUUCGAGGCCAACAUGUCUCGUGUGGAAGUGGGUGUGGACAUCUUGUGGGAUAACAUCACUGAGAUGAGGGAGGUCUUCACCGUCCACCUCCGAUACGCCAGCGGUACCGCCAAGAUAAGGACAUGUAACCCCAAACAUCCAGACUACCUGAAGACCGGCGCUCUCUGCGUGUCUGAAGGCAUCAACGAUACCUUGACCUUGUUCCGCUGGCGGGUGUCCGCCCCCACGGGUCAGGACGGGGUCACCAGCGACCUCCAGAACGUGGAGUCCAACACAUUCUUCGCCACCACUAAAGGCAUCACACUGGACAGCAUCUACUUCUCCGGAGGCAUCUUGACCUGGAGUCGUGCCUGUGGAAGUUCGAGAACUACUUCGACAUGUCUGAGCUGCUGACCGACUGCGGUGGACAGAUCAACACAGAUGGACAGGCUACAUGUACCCAACCAGCAUGAGACUUGAUGACGAGGGAAAACUUGUGGUCUCCUUCCGCACCGAGGCGAGAUUCCGUGGUCAGUUCGUCGCCACCCACCCAGGUUCAAGCCUCGAGUCCAUGGUCAUGUCAUCAGACCAUCCCGACUUGACCUUUAGCCUCAAGUUGAUCCGCAGUGACCCGACAUUUGACCAGCCCAGCCAGGAGUGGAGCUUCCAGUCGGAUCUCUCUGUCCGCGACUACUCCGGUCAGUUCAACGUCCAGCUCAUCCCGUGUACUACGUCACUGGAUCAGGAGUACUCUCAGCCAAUCAGCUGCAGCCCCCGUGAGCCAAUCGGCUUUGAGCUGCCUAUCAGGUUCCAGCAAGUGAGCGACCCUGUACCUGCAGAGUUCAGCCUCAACACAGAGUUCCAUCUGAUGCGCAAGAGGGAACUGUGGCUGUCUGAGGAAGAUCAUGACAUAGGAGAUGAGACAGACAUCGCAUUUUUGCCCACUGACAAGAUCUACGGUCGCAUCAACGUGGACCCCAUACAGAACCUGGGCAAUUCCUUCGACCUGAACGUGGAGAAGGUGUUCCUGUGCUCCGGUACGGACGGCUACAUCCCCAAGUACGACCCAGACAACCUCGAGUUUGGCUGUGUGGCCGAGUCACCCAAUCUACAGUACACCUUCAAGAUAUUG